AAUAAAGUUAGUUUGUAAAAUAAAAUGACCAUUAAAAUAUGCCUGUAUAUUAAGUGUUAUAAAGGUAAAUAUUUAUCAAUUCAUAUUUUGCCUCCUUUUUAAUUAUUAAAAAUGAAAUAUUUUAGGAUUAAUAUUAAACUGUUGUACUACUAUUUAUUUGGGAAAAAAUACGAUAUUAACAUUACAUGUAGGCCUAAAAUGUUUUGUCUUUUACUUUCGUGUUUACUGUUAUUGUUUAAACAGGUUUCAGACUCCCUAAAUAAUACCAACUUAAAAAUAUUUCAUUUAUCUGACUAAUUUUACAAUAAUAUGUUGAUAAUGCACUAAGAAAGAUUUCAAAACAUUUGAAGAGUAAUGCAAAUAAAAUAAAUAAUAAACGUAAACAUUGGGGGGAAACUGCAUGGAAACCAUAUAAAAAUAGAAACUACACGUGGUAAUGUUGUUGAUAAAUGGAGUGCCGAUUGUGUUUCUAUUGGCUGAAGCGGGAAAAUACUUCUAUAUAUUUAUGAGAUUACCACAUGCCCCAGGACUAUGUUCAGCCAAUCAGCGAAGCGCCCUCUCAACAUUGAUAUCUCGCGCGCACUGUGGUAGUGUAAGAUCUUUCUUCUUGAAAACGGAGCUUUGAUUUUCAGUGAAAUAUCAUAAUUAUUUGUGAAAUUUGGAUAAAACUACAUGAAAAUGUCGUUGGGGCUCGGUAAAAGAAUAGAGUUAGAAAUGAGAGGCAGGCCCGCCGAUCAGAUACUGGAUCUGAAUCUUGAUAACUGUCGAGCUAACAAAAUAGAAGGACUCACAAGUGAUUUUGUAAAUUUGCAAACACUUAGCCUCAUCAAUUUGGGAUUACAAAGUUUAGAAGGAUUUCCCAAACUCGGAAACUUGCGAAAGCUUGAGUUAAGUGAUAAUAGGAUUUCUGGAGGACUGAAUCAUUUAGCUGGUUGUCCAAACCUUACUCACCUAAGUCUCAGUGGAAACAAAAUUAAGGAUUUUGAUGUGCUAGAUCCAUUGAAAGAUCUCCACUUUUUAAGAAGUCUUGACCUAUUCAACUGUGAAGUGACAAACAAUGAACAGUACAGAGAAAAAGUUUUUGCCAAACUUACACAAAUUACCUAUCUUGAUGGUUUUGAUAGAGAAGAAAAAGAGAUGGAAGAUAUUGACUGUGAAGAGGAUGAUGAUGAAGAUGAUGAUGAAAACGAAGUAGAUGAUGAUGAGGAUGAUGAUGACGAUGAAGGGGAUGAGGAGGUUGGUCUGUCAUACCUGACAAAGAACAUUGAUGAUGAUGAUGAUGAUGAAGAAGAGUUUGAGCCUGGAGAAGAUGGAGAGGAUGAUGAUGAUGACCAAAUUGUUGAAGGUGGUGAGGAUGAUGAUGAUGAUGAGGAUGAAGAUGCACCAGCUGGACAGGAAGAUGGAGAUGAUGAUGAAGAUGAUGAAGAGGGUGAGGAGGAGGAAGAAGGUGAAGAGGAAGGUCCAAGGGGGACAAAAAGGAAACAUGCAGAAGAAGAAGAAGGUGGGGAAGAGGAAGAUGAGGAUGCAUAGUUGAUAUGUUGUUUGGUUGCUGUUAUUGUACAUGUGCAUUUGAAUUUGGUUGAACUUGUGUGUACAUAAAAGGACAAAAGUAUUGAUGGUGGUGUGUGUGUGUGUGUAGGCAAGUGUAAAAAAAAAAAAAAAGGGGUGGCAUCUUUUAUUCUCAUUAACCUGAUGUACAUCAAUUCUCAUUACAUAUACAUUCGUUGAUCAUAAGUUUUUGACUGUUUUUAAGUCUGCAUAUGUGCAUCAUUACUGGUUCGUUCUUUGUCAUGCAUUUGUGUCAAGUUUUGUGCAGGAGAUGAGCACUGCAAUGGAAGUGUAUUUUAGUACUGUAGUUGCUGCUGUACAGAGUUAGUUUUGUGAACUUCAGUUUUUGUACCUGCUUUUAAUUUUCAGUUUAUUCAUGUUCGGUGCUUUACUACUAGACCCUUAAAGUGUUUACUAUGACUUUCUCACUAGAAAAUGAUCAGCUUAGAUUUUCAGAAGCUAGUAAUUCUGCCUUAAUUUUUUCUCAAAACAUUUUGUAUGGAAUUGAGCAGUACUUUAAAAGAAAAGCAAUCCUCUCUUAUAAAGAAAAUUGCAACUGGUACCUGGCUAAUUUUUUUUUAAAUUUUUUUUUGUGCGUAUAUUUUUUUGUUUUAACCAGUUUUCUAGAAGUACACCAUUAUUUUCAUUCAGCAUUUGUUUGUGUUUGAUCACAAUGACCAUUAGUGGCAGCCUGAUUGUUCUGCUGUAGGAUUUAGGUUUUGGCUGCUCCUUUUGUCUGUCUACCUGUGCAGUGUGUUUGAGAGAGAAAGUGCAGAUGAAUGUUUGAUCUCUUGACAUUUUAUUGGUAUGAUUCACCAUCUCUCACACAAUAUUUCAUACAUUCACUGAUUAUUUUGUUCAUUUAAAUUUUUUUUAUGUGAUCCACCAGAAUUAUAUAAUGAAAAAAAAAAUAAUUAAACUUACUUCAUGAUUUGUCAUUCUUACCUUCUGGGAGUCAAAUAAAAAAUUCAUUCAUGACAAGA